UUAUUGUACUUCAGUUGCAAGUAGAUCACCGGCAGAUAACGUUGUAAAAUCAUGAACGUAUUCAUCUUGUGUGUCUUGUUCGUAUACUAUAUUAGUGAUACAAGUGCGUUAGGCAGAGGCGAUUUGGAAAAAUAUGGACUUUUACAUCAAGCGCUGUACUCGAAAUAUAUCAAAUGCGACCACGAUAAACACACCAAUCUAGACGUCAACUUAGUCAACGUCUAUUUCUACGACUUCAGCAGAAACGACGUCAAAACAUUCUCAAUUGCCGAAGCAGCCGACGGUAUCCUCAACUAUUCAGGCCUCGACAUCAUGAGACGUUUCAUCAUCUUUGUGGCCGGAUAUAAGUCCAACAUUAACAAAAACACUGAACAACGCGUGAGAGACACCUUCAGAGACUUUCCUAACAGCUACCUAAUCAUUCUUGACCAUUCUCCUUACACCAAUGAGAAGCCAGGAAACUUAAAAGGCUACGAAAGAGCAGUGCAGUAUGUAUACUAUAUAGGAAAGGCGUUAGGCGAAAUGCUAGCUGAUUUAAGUAGAGGAGGCAUAUCACCCCAAAGCAUGCACUGUAUAGGACAUAGCUUAGGUGGACAAAUGCUUGGUUAUACAGGACAGACCUUCAUUGAUAUAACUGGAGAAAAAUUAUGGAGAAUUACUGCUCUAGAUCCCGCUGGACCUUGCUUUUCCAACAGCGUAAUUGAAGACCAAGUAAGAUCCGGAGUAGCUGAGUACGUAGAGGUAUACCAUUGUAAUGCUGGUGGCUUAGGAUCUUCAAGCGUUUUGGCUGAUAUAGACUUCUUUGUAAACAAAAAAGGCGAGUCCCAACCAGAAUGCGGAACACCAUUAAUACCAGGUAUCUUCGACUCUUCAAAAGCAGCCAAAUGCAGUCAUAAAACUUGCGUUACAGUAUGGACGGCCACGGUGAAGCAUCCUGACUGGUUCUUGGCGUGGAAAUGCGAUUCGUAUAAGGAGUUUAAGAAGGGUGAAUGUCAACCGGGUGAUGUCACUCUGGCUGGUUUCUGGAACCCUGGUAAUGCGACUGGCGUUUAUUAUUUCUCUACGGAAGGGUACGAUUUGGAUAUAUGAACUUAGAU